AUGAUUGGUGACAUCGUAGAAACUAAACAGUGCCAACUAAAAGAUGCCAUGGAUUUGUUUCAUUCUGGGCAAGUUGUAAAAAUAUGUGCCCCUAUGGUCCGCUAUUCAAAGUUGGCUUUCAGAACCUUGGUUAGGAAAUACAGUUGCGAUUUGUGUUACACACCAAUGAUAGUGGCAGCUGAUUUUGUGAGAUCCACAAAAGCUAGAGACAGCGAAUUCACAACAAACAAAGGUGAUCAUCCACUGAUUGUUCAGUUUGCUGCUAAAGAAGCACAGGUUUUGUGUGAUGCUGCCCGUAUCGUCUGUCCUUUUGCAGAUGGAAUAGACAUAAACUGUGGCUGUCCUCAGAGAUGGGCAAUGGCAGAAGGUUAUGGUGCUUGCUUAAUGAAUAAACCAGAACUAGUUCAAGAUAUGGUGAGACACAUACGGAAUCAGAUCGACAAUCCUAGGUUUUCAGUAUCUAUUAAAAUAAGGAUCCAUGAGGACUUAAAAAGAACAGUUGAUCUUUGUCAAAAAGCUGAAGCAACUGGAGUUUCAUGGAUUACAGUACACGGGAGAAGUGUAGAAGAAAGACAUCAGCCUGUACAUUAUGAUGCCAUUAAAAUAAUUAAACAAAGCAUGUCUAUACCUAUUGUGGCUAAUGGAGAUAUUAAAACUUUAAAAGACGCUGAAAAUGUUCAUCACUUGACAGGAGCAGAUGGUAUAAUGGUGGCUAGAGGACUCUUGGCAAAUCCAGCUAUGUUUGCAGGAUAUGAAGAGACACCUUUGAAGUGCAUCCAGGACUGGGUUGACAUUGCUCUUGAGCAUGGAACACCUUUUACAUGUUUUCACCACCACUUAAUCUACAUGCUGGAACGGAUAACUUCCAAACAAGAAAAAAAAGUAUUUAAUGUUUUAUCAAGUACCUCAGCAGUACUAGAUUAUCUGAAAGACCAUUAUUGUGUGUGA